GGAACGGCGUUUCCUGCGUAUCUCCGUUUCUCCAGUAAGGCCUUAUCGCUGCCGUACUGCAUUACCUGAAUCUCAGUUUCUUGCUUCGGCCAUAAGGACUUGCACGCGCGGUUUUACUGGUCCUGCGUUCUUCCUACAGGGAUUUACAUGCGCUAGGCUCCGCUCAGGUGUUCAAGCGUCUGCAGAGGACGCAGCCAACGCAGAGGCAACGGUUAGUCAAAGAGAAGUAAAAGUUGGCAGGAGACGUAAGAGCUCAGCAAAUGAUGUCGUCCCUGCAAACCUAAACGGAAUUGAGGACAGUAUGAAAGCUCUGAAGAGAAAAGCAGGAAGGCUUCGAGAAAAGGGGGAAGACAUCGCACAGCAGUUACAAGACGACAUUCCACAGAUUCAGGGCGCAGGUCUUACACCGCAGGAUGCACCGAACCAAGCUGUGGGCGUGAAUCUGGCAUUAAACCAACAGGGCAUGCAAGUAGAAGCUCGAGCGAACGACGUCCAACAGCAGAUGGACAGCCAGGGCGAGCAAUCGCUGGAUGCUGUGAAUGGCGUCAGAAAUGCACUUUCGAAAGGCGCGAAGGAAACGGCAGAGCAGAUCACGGAACAGAACAACCAAUUCGCGGAAGGAGCUGACCAAUUGAAGGACACAUUAAAGGACAAAAAGGGACAGCUACUAAGUGAACUUGCGGGUACAGGGAUGCAACUCAUGGAACAGAGGCAACAGAAUUUGAAAGCACAACAAGACACGAGAAACGCGGUCAAUAAUCAGAACGACCAGCUGUCCAGAAGCGCCAUAGACACGGCCAGAGAGUUGCUGGACCUGAAGCGCCAUAUCAAUCAAGUCGACGAAGACAUCAAUGACGAACUUAACAAACAGAUAGAUCAGAUAUUGAUAGGUACGGGAACUCGUCUAGGCAGUGCUCUGGCACAGCAGGAGCAAAUCGCAGAUAGCGUAGACAGAGCGAACGCGCAGCUCUCCAGGAACAAGGUCGACGAGGUCCGCAAGGCAAUAAACAAUGUGGCAAAUGGCAGUUGAGAGCCGAGAGGGACGAACCGUUGGCCGAUGCUCGAGCCAGUAAGCGUACCGGUCCACACUUGGGUCAUACGGCAGUCGAAAAUGAUAAACGUGAUUUCCCCGUGACAGUGCACUGUAUCGUAACAUUCAGUUGUGUGCAAGUUGGUGCA